AUGAAGUUCCAGAUCACAUCCUUCCGCGCAGCGGCGCUUGUCGCCCUCAUUGCGAGCGCUGAAGCCGCCAAACAUAGCCAUGGCCACAGCCAUCACCACGAGACUCGUGAUGUUGUUUUGGAAAAGAGGAGUGGACAGUGCGAGUUCCCCACCGAUGCUGGCCUGGUUGAGAUCACCCCGCAAGAGCAAAACGCCGGUUGGGCUAUGAGCCCCGACGAGCCCUGCAAACCUGGCAACUACUGCCCCUACGCUUGCCCUCCCGGCCAGGUGUCUAUGCAGUGGGAUCCCGAUGCGACGUCCUACUCGUACCCCAUGUCCAUGAGGGGUGGUCUGUACUGUGACGAGGAUGGCAAAAUCCAGAAACCCUUCCCCAACCGCGACUACUGUGAGUCGGCCACUGGUGUUCUCAAGGCCCACAAUAAGGCUGGAAAGUCUGUCUCUUUCUGCCAGACUGUGUUGCCUGGAAAUGAGGCCAUGCUUAUCCCCACCAUGGUUGAUGAGCUGGCCGACCUGGCCGUGCCCGGCAUGUCCUACUGGUGCUCCACUGCUGCCCAGUACUAUAUUAACGCUCCUGGUGUCACCGCGGAGGAAGGAUGUGUCUGGGGUACCUCCGAGAACCCCGUCGGUAACUGGUCCCCGUAUACCGCAGGGGCCAACACCGACGAGAAUGGCAACACCUUCCUGAAGAUCGGUUGGAACCCCAUCUACUUGGAACCCACCACGCCUUUCCGCAAAGUCAAGCCUGAAUUCGGUAUCGAGAUUGAGUGUGAGGGUGAUGGCUGCAACGGCCUGCCCUGCAAGAUCGACCCUGCUGUCAACGAUGUCAACGAGAUGAUCGGUCAGCCCUUCACUGGCGCUGGCGACGCCACCGGUUGCGUCGUGACCAUCCCUAAGGGCGAGACCGCGCACAUUAUCGUCUUCGAGAAGGAGGGUAACGGCAGCACCUCGUCUGAGACCAUCGAGGUUUCCACCAGCACUCCUACCUCCACUAGCAGCUCCAGCAUCAGCACCUCGACUCCCACUCCUACUCCGACCAGCACUAGUACUAGCACCACUGAGACUCCCACACCCACAUCCACACCCACCCCUACCUCCACCUCUACUCCUACGUCGACUUCGACCUCGACUCCCACUUCGACCUCUAGCUCCACCUCUACUACUAGCUCCACCCCUACUAGCUCCACCUCUACUGCUAUCUCCACCUCUACUGCUAGCUCCAUCUCCACCACAACUCCUAUCAUGAGCGCCACUAGCCCCAGCGCGCGCCUACCCAACUCGAGCCUGACACUAAGCUAUACGUACCAGCCGCACGUUCUGACUGGUUCUGCUGAUAUCAAAGCGGCCUCCAUGACGGCCGCUGCCGCCGCUGCUGCGUCCCCAUCCUCCGCCACUGGCGGUGCUACCAGUGCCACUAUCUCCAUGGUGACCCUGGCAUUCGGUGCGCUUGCGGCCAUUGUCGUGAAUUUCUAA